CCGGGACAUUCGACCUCAGAUAUUCGGGUGACCAUCCUCCAAGGCUGACAUCGGGACAGGCAACAAUGCAAAGUGGCCGAGCAGAGUUUCCUGUACGUUCCAGAGGCUGGAUGCUGAAAUGUUACAAGUUGCACCACGCUUGAGCUUAGACAAGUGGAGAAGGAGACCAGGGCUUAAGUGUGUGAACGAGUGAACGUUUAUAGCAGUGACUGGAACAAGAAAAGCGGGCAAGCAGUGAGGAGCACAGUCCCUUUUCGGAGAUGUGUGUAUUUGCGGCCGGAGACCGCGAAAUUGACUCGGGAGCGGCAACAGUUGCCAAGCGGUCCCAAGGGCUCCAGUGAAGAUCAGCCACUAUCUGAAUAGCCCAUUGUUUAAAGAACACCAUGGCAAUUCCAAGGUCUCUGGGCUCCUUUAUCAACUUUAUUACUGGGAUUGUGAUCGGAGUUUUCAUCUGUUCCUAUUUUGUUAACAAGGCCACAUUACACAUUCAACGUCACAUGCAAACUAAUUACAACCAUCGCAACUUUCAUUAUUACCAUUCCCUUGUGAAAGGAAUGAUGAAUUGCAGUUCAAAAAGGAAUCAGUCUGUAGCGGAUGAGCUGUACAACAAAGUGCGCAUCCUCUGCUGGGUGAUGACUGCACCAAAGAAUCUGGAAACUAAAGCCAAGCAUGUCAAAGCCACCUGGGGCAAACGCUGCAGCAUUUUGCUGUUCAUGAGCUCUGAAAGCAAUCCAGAUUUUCCCACCAUUGGCCUGGAAACGAAAGAGGGUAGGAACCAGUUGUAUUGGAAAACCAUUAAGGCUUUCCAUUAUGUGCACAAACACCACAUCGAUGAGGCUGACUGGUUUCUGAAGGCUGACGACGACACCUAUAUUGCCAUUGAUAAUCUCAGAUUGCUUCUUUCAAAGUACAACCCCAAUGAGCCUGUGUACCUGGGCAGGCGCUUUAAACCAUUCCUCAAACAGGGUUAUAUGAGUGGAGGAGCUGGCUACGUUUUGAGCAGAGAAGCUCUGACAAGGUACGUGGCCGCUUUCAGAGAUAAGACCUGCAAUCAUUCUUCUCACGUUGAGGAUCUUGCACUGGGAAAAUGUAUGGAAAUACUUGGAAUUACGCCAGGAGACUCCAGAGAUAAUCACUUAAGAGAGACAUUUUUACCUCUGACAUUACUGAGUCAUUUGAUAAAACGGCGCCAAGACCCCAGCUUCUGGUACUGGAAGUUCAGCUACUACAAAGCUACACACGGUCCUGAGUGCUGCUCCGACUUGGCAAUUUCCUUUCAUUAUGUAAGCCCUGAGAUGAUGUACGUUCUGGAAUAUUAUAUUUAUCACCUACAUGUUGUGGGAUACAAAUACAGAAAAAGUACUGAUUUCCCAGACUCAUCCAAAACAUCAAAGCAAGGGAAGGACAUGGGAAAGAGGUCUCUGAGGUCCCUGCACUGAAGUCAAUGCUACGAAUGACAUCGGCUGGUCGAUUGCCUUGCAUGGACACUCCAAGUGGCUGCUGGGGUUCCCCAGCAUGUCCUGUGUUAGUUCAAACUUCCAGCAUUGGCCGUACUUUGCUUAAUGUUGAUACUGAACUGUAGGGAGUGCUUGUUGGUAUAUUGCACUCCAGCUCACUGGUUCAGACACUGGACUUAUGUAGUGAGGUGUGGUGAAAACACAGGAGGCAGAUGCUUCAGAGGCAAAGGAAACCCUGAUUUUAUUAAAGUCAUAGAGAUGUACAGCGCAGAAACAGACAGACCUUUAUGUCCAAUUUGUCCAUACCGACUAGAAAUCCUAAUCUAAUCUAAUCCCAAUUUCCACCACUUGGCCCGCAUCCCUUUAACCUCUUCUAUUCAUAUACCCAUCCAGAUGCCUUUUAAAUGUUACAAUUGUACCAGCCUCCACCACUUCCCAUGGCAGCACAUUCCAUACACGCACCACCCUCUCCAUGAAAAAGUUACCCCUUAGGUCCGUUUUAUAUCUUUCCUCUCUCACCCUCAGCCUAUGCCCUCUAGCUCUAGACUCCCCCACCCCAAGGAAAAGACUGUCUAUUUAUCUUGUCCAUGCCCCUCAUGAUUUUAUAAACCUCUACAAGGUCGCCCCUCAGACUCCAACGCAAACAGCCCCAGCCUAUUCAGCCUCUCCCUAUAAUUCAAAUCCUUCAACCCGGCAGCAUCCUUGUAAAUCUUUUCUGAACCCUCUCAAGUUUCACAACAUCCUUCUGAUAGGAAGGAGACCAGAAUUGCACGCAAUAUUCCAAAAGCGACCUAACCGAUGUCUUGUACAACCGCAACGUGAUCUACCAAAACAAGCAAAAUUGAAAUUAUAUGCAAUAACUGAAAAUGUUACGGAUCAAGCAAAGUGAGACUUAUCUGACAGCUAACACCCCAGUUAACCCUUGCAGCCCUGGCUUAGUACUGUGGGUUUAAAAUUACAGAGAGCUGUGAAUUGCCGGGGGACAGGGGCAAGGGGAGCAAGCGAAAGAGAGAAAAUGCUAAUCCCAGGGUCCUAUCCUGCUUCCUUCCCCCGGGGGUGCCCUGCACCGUCAGCCCCGAUGCUCACCCUUCUAACUGAGUUGGGACAAAAGGUCUCGGGUGACUUUAUGCUCACCCCUGACGUGGCUUCUGUCAGCUCGGAGGGUGGUGGAUGUCACUGGCACUGUCCCGGUCGGUAUCUCGGCUGUCCGGGUGCUUUGGUCACUUCUCGUCAGUCCUUGGAGGUUCGUGGAUGAGAAGCUGGUUUGCUCUCUUGAUUUUUUUUUUCCUGAGUCUGUGAUGGUUACAUUCCAUGGCUCGCUGUGUCUGAUUCUCUCUCCAUUCUGACCGACCCUCUUGCUGAAUCCAACCCCCCUUAUAGGUCAGGGUUCCCCAGUUAUACUGACUGUUGGUUCCCCUUAUCCCUUACCAAAUCUGGAUUUGAUUACUAAACUGUUGUUCCUCCUCUCUGGGCUGAAUGAGCCUCCUGAUUCCUGGAUGAGGUGUAAGUGGUUCUCGAAUUAAAGUGAAUGGGUUCCCAUCGUUUUCUAUAUCCAGUAUUUCUCUUGGAUGGAUGUAGCUUAAAGUUUUACUGGUAGUUAAGGCCUUCACAGGUUUGCAUGGAGUACAAUGGUGUGGGAUGUUCAAUAUCUCUGUGUCCCAGCAAAGUGAUUGAAAGUUGAUUUUUAUAAGCUCCAGGAUGUCUUCGUUGUUUGCUCUACAGGCUGGUAUUCAUUGUCUUUUAGCUGGGCAUUUGUGGGGGUCUUCCUUUAGCUAGACCCCUACUCCACUUGUCCCUAGGCUUGCACAUUGCCUGGUUUAUCUCAGCCACAGAGCUCUGUGAAUCUUAGUUCAAAUGUGAAUACCACAAACUCAUUCCAAGUUUAAGUCCAGGCUAUGGAAUGGGGAUUUUGACCCAUUUUGCAGAACACUCAAAAAAAAGUUGGAUAAAAGGGAAAGAAGGACAAAGAGGUUUUGGGAGGGAAUUCCAGAAUCUGGAGGCCAAGCAGCUGAAGGUAUCGUAACAAGUGAUGGUAGGAUUAAAAUCAGGAAUGCACGAGAGGCAAAUGUAUUCCAUUUCUCAUUAUCAUGACAAAUCAUCAAGAUGGUUGCCUUUUCCCAUUGGUAGGAAUUUCCUAUUCCUUGGAUGCUGCCUGACCUGCUGCGCUUUUCCAGCAACACAUUUUCAGCUUUUCCCAUUGGUACCGUUCCAAUCGGCGUGGCUUGUUACUUUUGCUCAGGUACAAUAGCAAACAUCUUCCCACCUAUCCACUCCACCCUCCAGUCCAACCUAUCACCAUCACCCCAUCACCUUCAUCUACCUAUCGCUUUCCAAACUACCUUCCUCCCAGCCCCAUCACCCCCUCCCAUUUGUCUCCCGGCCCCCUUGGGCACCCAACCCCCUCCGCACCUUCCUGAUGAAGGGUUUAUGUCCGAUACAUCGACUCUUCUGCUCCUUGGAUGCUGCCUGACCCGUUGUGCUUUUCCAGCACCACACCUUUUGACUACAGUAUCAAACGUCAGACUCACUAAGGGAGAAGGUGAGGACUGCAGGUGCUGGAGAUCAGAGCUGGAAGUUCUUGUUGCAAACGUUUCAUCC